CAUACAUUUUCUGCCUUUGCUACUCUGCUCUGCUCAAACCUGGGGGAGUUUUAAUUGAUUUAAAUCAUGUUUGUAAAUGUAAACUAUGUCCUGUGACGUCAAACCUUUGGCACUUGCCCGUCCAUCCGAAGAUAGGGGCCACCCAAACUUUCAUUCCUAGCUACGCCCUUGGACUAUAAACAUACUGUUAGUUUCCACUUUGAAAGCUUCAGCUGAACAUGGGGUUGUCGGUAGAGAAAGUGCGUCUCGUACUGCUGCUGGAGCUUCUCUUCACAAGCUAUUUUGCUGCAUGUUUUGAUGUCACUCUUCUCCACACCAACGACGUCCAUGCCAGGGUAGAAGAAACUAGCGUGUACUCGGGGAAGUGUGAUCCAGGCGGACCUUGCUACGCCGGAGUCGCAAGAAGGUUAACACAAAUAAACAGAAUCCGAAAAACAGAAAGCAACGUUUUACUUCUGGAUGCGGGGGAUCAAUAUCAAGGAACGGUCUGGUUCAACUACUACAAGGGAGACGAAGCGGCUCAUUUCAUGAAUUGGCUGAAGUAUGAUGCCAUGGCCUUAGGGAAUCAUGAAUUUGACAAGGGAAUGGAAGGAUUAAUCAGCCCUUUUCUUCAGAAAGUGAACUGCUCAGUACUGAGUGCUAAUAUGAAACCAGAAAAGGAACUGGCUGACAAAAUAAGUGGAUUAGUCCUGCCCUAUAAAAUCUUUACAUUGGGCUCUGAGAAAGUGGCUGUGGUCGGCUACACGACAAAGGAAACACCAAUCCUGUCCACGCCAGGACCGAAUGUAGUGUUUCAAGAUGAGGUCCAAGCCUUACAGCUUGAGGUAGACAAGUUAAAAACGCUGGGAAUAAACAAGAUCAUUGCAUUGGGCCAUUCUGGAUUUGAAACCGAUAAACUAAUUGCAAAGAAAGUGAGUGGUGUGGAUGUUGUUAUUGGUGGACACUCAAACACAUUCCUUUACACAGGUACACCUCCCUCCAAUGACGUCCCUGCUGGUCAAUAUCCAUUCAUGGUAGACUCUGAUGACAGACGUAAAGUGCCGGUUGUGCAGGCCUAUGCUUUUGGGAAGUACCUUGGCUAUCUUAAAGUCACCUUCAAUAAGCAAGGAGAUGUUGUGGCAGCUAAGGGGAACCCUAUACUUCUAGACAGCACUAUACCGGAAGAUAAAGAGUUGCGUGCAGAGGUUAAUUUGUGGAAGCAGAAUCUCAGUAAUUAUUCGGCUCAAGUUAUUGGGAGGACCAUGGUGUAUCUUAAUGGGACUACUCAAGAGUGCCGCUUCCGGGAAUGCAACAUGGGGAAUUUAAUCUGUGAUGCAGCGAUUAACCAUAAUGUGAAAUACCCUGAUGAGUUGCGCUGGAACCAUGUGUCACUUUGCAUUAUUAAUGGAGGAGAUAUUCGAGCCCCAAUCGAUGAGCGCAGUGCAAAUGGAACCAUUACUUUGGAGACCCUAACUGCUGUAAUGCCCUUUGAUGGUACUUUUGAUUUAGUCGAGCUAAAGGGAUCAACACUGAGAGCUGCUUUUGAGCAUUCUGUAAGGAGACAUGGGCAAUCUACAGGGGAGUUUCUGCAAGUGGCUGGCAUACAUGUUGUCUUUGACCUUUCCAAAGCACCAGGACAACGAGUGAAGAAGCUUGAGGUUCUGUGCACUAAAUGCCGUGUGCCGUAUUAUGAGCCCCUGGACAUCAACAAAAGUUACAAGGUUGUCAUUCCGUCCUACAUAGUGGCCGGAGGAGAUGGCUUUGCCAUGAUAAAAGAAGAGAAGCUCAAACAUGACACUGGAGAUCAAGACAUAUCUGUUGUCUCAGAUUACAUUUCUGCAAUGAAGAAGGUUUAUCCAGCAGUGGAAGGACGGAUUCUGUUUUCAGGUUCUGUCCCCACCGGGCUCAUCUCCAAAGCACACUUGAAGACGGUGCUGCUAUCACUGGCGUUUUUCUUGGCUUUCACAAUGUAGAGGAGCAGCUCCCAUGCAUGCCUUCUGCGCACUCUUAAGCUCCAGUUUAUUAUAGUUCACUUUUUAGCUACAGUUAAACAUUUAUGGGGUACUGAGGACUAAACUCUACCCUAGUUUCCUACCUGUUAUUGAAAAAAAUAUAUAUAUAUAGAUAGAUAGAGAUAGAUAGAUAUAUAGAUUACUGCACUUAUUCUCUUCAUUACAUAAAGUCAUACAUAUAUGUGCAGGUCCCCAACAGCAGUUCAGAUACAGUAUAAUAUAUAUUUAUUCAAAAUAUAUACUGCAAGGGGACCUGUAUAGAGGUGUAUAUUUUACACAUUAUAAAACAGUAACUGUACUAUCUGAAAUAUUGGAUGGAUGUAAUUAUAUUAGGUGAGGAGCUCUUCUGGCAUUGUGGUCAUAUCUAUAGAAAAUGUUUUUUGUGCAGAAUAAACUGCAAUAAUGUAAUACAAAAAGACUUUAAGCACAAUAGGGCAGCUUUGGUAUUGAUGUUUUGGGGACACCUUGCAAUUAAACAUAAAAAUAGCAUUGUCCCAUUCAGAAUUUAUCAUUUUUCCAACAAAUAUCCCUAAAUAUUGAAAUGCGUAGCUGAAAUAAAUGCUAAAUUGUAGAAUAUUGGGUCUUUUAAGUCCAUCUUUUAAAG